AUGGUAGCUGAAACGAAAUUGUACGAUUCAUUGGGCGUAAGCCCCAGCGCAACACAGGAGGAACUGAAAAAAGCAUACCGGAAGUCGGCCCUCAAGCACCAUCCUGACAAAAACAAAGACAAUCCCGAUGCUUCCGAAAAAUUCAAGGAGGUUUCCCAGGCGUAUGAAAUUCUCUCCGAUCCCGAGAAGCGGAAAAUCUACGAUCAGUAUGGCCUCGAGUUCCUCAUGAAAGGUGGUUCUGCGGAACCUCCACCUGGCGCUGGUGGCAUGCCCUUCGAGGCUGGAGGUUUCCCAGGCGGUUUUGGUGGGAUGCCCGGUGGCGGCGGAGCACGGACCUUUCAUUUCUCGACGGGUGGAGGAAAGCCCAGUGGAUUCAGCUUCAGCAGUCCGGAGAGCAUAUUCGCAAAUUUCUUCCGACAAGGUGGUGCUGGAAUGGGUGACGAUGACGACAUCUUUGCUAGUCUUGGUGGUGGCAUGGGCGGCGGUAUGGGAGGUGGUAUGGGAGGCAUGGGUGGUGAUUUUGCAUCCCGCGGUCGGACGCCAAGUGGAUUUGGAGGCAUGGGUGGUGGCCGAGCGCGACAACCGACACCUGAAGUCACAACGGUAGAGCGUCCCCUGCCACUCACGCUCGAAGAGCUAUUCAAAGGCACCCACAAAAAGAUGAAGAUUAAGCGGAAGACGUUCGACGAGCGGACCGGCAAGCGCACCAUGUCCGACAAGAUUCUAGAGAUGGACAUUCGACCAGGCUUGAAAGCCGGUAGUAAAAUCAAGUUCAAGGGGGUUGGUGAUCAGGAAGAAGGUGGCACCCAAGACCUCCACUUUAUCGUCACAGAGAAAGAACACCCUCUCUUCAAGCGUGAUAACGACGACAUUCGGGCUACCGUUGAGAUUGAUCUCAAAGAGGCUCUGACGGGCUGGAAACGCACCGUGUCCACCAUUGAUGGAAAGCAACUGUCGGUAUCUGGCUCUGGGCCGACCCAGCCAGGUUUCGAAGAAAAAUUCCCCGGUCUCGGUAUGCCCAAAAGCAAGAAGCCAAACGAACGAGGAGAUUUUGUCGUCGCUGUUAAGGUCAAGUUCCCAAGCAGCUUGACACCGGCUCAGAAAACCCAGCUCAAGGAAAUUUUAUGA